GGGAAAACACUGAAAUAGUUUAAACAGCAGAAGCAUGUCUGCUUGAUUCAGCAACAAGUAUUAUUAAAUUCUCCUGUUGUCUUCUAGCCUCCUUCAAGCCGAUUCGCUCAAGAUCUGCACCUCUACUGAGACUUCAACUCCCAAAAUUCUCAUGCAGGCAAUUAAAUCUGUUGUUUAGGAAUUCUGGGCGCUGUAGUCUCCAUUCUGCCAGGUUGGAAAAUGCAUUGAUACUACUGAAUGUAUUUACUGUACAGCGCUUUUUGUCCUCCUUCGGAAGCCGUCUCUCGUGACGUUUGCGAGCCAAUCAAGAGUGCGGCUUUGAAAAUCUGCGGCGUGAUCGUGCUGCGCGGGAGCGAGUGUCUCUCCCCGAAUAUGGAGGACGUAGUGGGCAAGUAUGUAUCCCAGAAAAUCAGUAAGACCCGCUGGCGGCCCGUAUCUGCCACGACCUUGCAGCCUCCCGAGAUUUUCGCCACCGGCUCGUGGGAUAAUGAGGAAAAUAAGAUUUCCAUUUGGUCUGUUGGAGAUUUUGCAGGCUUGGUCUCAAACGGUGAAUAUCAUGGAGAACCGCAUUUGCUUUGUGAUAUCCAACAUAGUGGUGAUGUUAUGGAUAUGCAGUUUUUGGAUCAAGAGAGAAUUGUUGCUGCUUCAUCUACUGGGAGUGUGACCAUUUUCCGGCAUCAUCAAAAUAAUCAGACUCUUUCCCUAAUUCAGAAAUGGGAACAAGCACAUUAUUAUGAUCACUCCUGGGGAAGUGCAUCAUGCACUGGGAAUUGCAAUAGCCCUGAAAUUUUUAGUAUUGGAGAAGAUGGUAGGAUAAACAUGUUCACCACUGAUCGUAAGGAAGCUGUACGUACUAUAGAUAAUGCUGAUAGCAGUACACUCCAAGCAGUGACUCGACUUCGUACAACAGAGAUUCUGACAGUCAAUUCCAUUGGUCAGCUAAAAAUAUGGGACUUCAGACAGCAAGGAAGUGAACCUUCACAAAUAUUUUCAUUGACAGGGGAAAGAGUACCUCUACAUUGUGUCGAUAGGCAUCCCAAUCAACAACAUAUUGUUGCUACAGGUAGUCAAGAUGGAAUGUUGAGUAUUUGGGAUGUAAGACAAGGAAGCAUGCCAGUUUCCUUACUAAAUGCUCAUCAAGCAGAAUUAUGGGAAGUACACUUUCAUCCUUCCAAUCCUGAUCAUUUGUUCACUUGUUCAGAAGAUGGAUCUCUGUGGCAUUGGGAUGCUUCCUCUGAUGUGACUGAAAGAAAAUCUUUUCUUCAUACAAGCGGAAGAAAUACUUCAUUUCUACCUCAUUCUAUGGCUAAUCAGUCCAUAAUUAGUGCAUGGUUGAACAAUGAUCCUACUAAAGAUCGCAUUGAGAUUACAAAUUUAAGUUCAAAUUCAACUUUAUCGAUAAACAGUUUAGAUGUGUUAGGAUCAUUUCUUGUGUAUGGAACUGACACAGAAUCUAUUUAUGUUAAGAAGGAUCUCUUUGUAUAGCCUUAUUUUUCCCAAAACAAUGCUGUUCUGUAAAUUUAGAAUUCUUUUUCUAAAAUUGCAAUCUACAACAUUCUCUAGAAUCAUAAUUUGGAAUACAACUAAAUGUAAUUCAUGUUAGCUAGUUUUUAACAAUGAAUUUCUGUAGUUCUUCAGCAGUACUAUGUUUAUAUUAUUUUUUUCCAUUUAUGCAUUGUUUAUUGUAAUUACUUACAUUGUCUUUAUUUUUAAAAUAUUAUUUCAACUUUUCCAAUAAAGAGAAAUUAAUUGCAAGUUCUUUAGUAUUCAUACUAAGUAUGGUAUUACCAAAGUAGGUUGUAGAAGUAUUUCCCUUGGGAUUUUUUUUGUGUGUGAUGCUUAAAACUGCAUUUUAUUUGAAAUAUUUGUCACUGAUACUGGAAUAAAUUUAAGAAAGAAAAAAACCCACCCUUAUUCAAUUGUCAAUAGUUCUCUGUUUUGCUCUAGACAGCCCCCCCACUUACAAUGGCAAUUGGACUGGAAUUGCUGUCAGUAAGUAAUUAUAAAGUAUAACAUUAUUGCAGCACUGCUUACUGAUGGUAGUCCUGGUUGACAUAACCCCAAGCCUGUGUGGGUUGUUAAAUGGGAACAGGUGGGAAGUACUGUGGGUGCAUUUGGGGUGUUGCAGGUAGGCACUAUGGAACAUAGUGGACCAGCAGACACCAGAGGUGGGCCAGGGGAGGGUUGGCAGUGGCUGCACAUAAGUUGCUGCAAUCACACACAAUGAAGGAUUGUUUGCUACAGAACACAAGCUCAUUGGAUUUUAUACUUCAUAGCAGCUUCCUUAGAAGAAAAAAGCAACAAGAAUGACUUACUGGGGUGACCUGAAAAAUUCCCUGCUUCCCCCAUUUAUGUUGCCUGUAGGAAACUGGCAGUUAAGGUCAUAAAUGACAAUCACGUAACUGGCUCACUGUAGCAAAAUCCAGGCACCCAAGUUUGUGCGAUGUAUUCAUGGAAUGCUACAAUAGUCAGAACUUGUAUGAACCAUCAACAGUUGCUUUCUGUGAGAUUGGCAAUAUAAAUUUGAUUCAUUAAUAAACUUUUCAAGAACCAGUUGUAAAACCAUCUUUUUCCAACUUCGAAUGGACGUAAGCCAAGGAUUACUUAUAGAUACAGAGGUGCUUUUGGGAGUGACAAUGGGAGAGUUUCCCUCUAGGAGUGAAAAAGGUGCACUUCAGAGGGGAAGGGGGAAAAAAUCUUUAAAAUACACUGCAGGCACACACAAAGUGCCUCCUGGAUCUAACCUGUAAUUUCCUUGUUGAAAUCUUGGGGAUCCCAAAAGUGCUUUUUUCAAAAGGCAACUGGACUUUCUGUUUUUUUCUUUGAAGACAUUUGGCUUCUCAUCCAAGAAGCUUCAUCACAAUGUGCUGAAGGAAGCUUCUUAGAUAAAAAGCACAAUGUCUUCAAAGAAAAACCAGAAAGUCCAAGUUGCCCUCCUGAAAAAAAAGCAUCUUUGGGACAACCAUGACCUGGAUGACUGAGAAUCUCGAUAGACAAACCAUGGGGAUAAAUUCGAAGGACAAAUAUGCAGGGGGGGGGAGGUUCUUAGAGCUAGCCAUGCUUGACCCAAACAGUAAAUUUGACUCAUUUCAACGUAAUAGCCAGCCAACCACUCCCAAACACCUGGACAUUUAAAAGGCCUAUUUUACAACACUGAAAAGCAACAAGAAAGUUGUUACAUCUUCUAACCCUCACAGCUUCAACCUUAAACUCUCUACUGUGGACCUU